CUGCAACUCUUCUAGCCAAGGUCGAAUGACGCUAGUAGGCUAGAGCUACACGAAGACGCGUGGCGACCCCGUGCUGGUGUGUGGAUUUCACUGGAGUGUGAAAACGAGGGGGGAACCCCCACCAGCGGAGCGUGAAGCCAAUGCUGCUGCCGCCGCCUCCGAGCCCAAGCAGACGUGCGCUGUCCAGCCACAGUGGUGCUGAAACGCCAGAAUCGAUCCUUCCCUCAGUGACGUAGGGAGAGAGGGGUUCGGUUAGGCUACAGGAAGAUAGAUGAAUAUUGUAAUGAUAAAACUGUACAAAGACUACACAGAAGCCAUAUAGAAAAUACAGAACUCACAAGAAAGCCAAGCACUAACAAAAAAAAGCAAGUGAAAACGUGGACGAAAGGGUCGGACUUUUCCCCGCCCUCGGCGUCACUCGAGGGGUGUGAGCAGCACGCCGUAUCCUUGCGGAACCCAGAGAAGACUCCGGGGAGAGAGAGAUUUCAGAUCUAUAAGGUACGCUCAGGUCUUUUUUGCAGAAGGAAAACAGGUGUAGGUUAGGCUACUCGUCUAAGAACGAAAUGGGCUGUGUUGGUUCCAAAACGCCAGUUGGUAAGAGUUCUUCAAUUUUGUUGUGAUCCUAAUAGCACGUCCCAGACAGCCUGAUUUCUGCAUAAAACGAAUGGUGUGAAUUUGGUGCUUGUGAAAUCUUGUGCACGGAAAAUGUAAGAGUCGUUUGUGUAUUGAACUAGACUGUAAACCUUUUUUUUAUCUUUGAGAUGAGAGAUUUCUAGAUAGACCAGAAAUCUGUUGACAAUAGUCAAUCAGUUGAGAAUAGGGAGAGAAGGGAGCUUUCUUCUGGAGGAGCUGCAGGAGAUGAGGAGGGAGUGUUCGCAUCAAGAUGCGGCGAGAGCUGAUCUCAUAGCUUUUUGGUGGGCGCGCGAGGCAGGAGAGAGUGAAGUGCUUUUCUGCUGUUAAAGGAUGCGGAGCUGAAGGUUUUAUUUUUGAAUGACAAGACUCUUCCGGCCGGCACCAUGGUUUUGACUGCAUUGACCCAGUUUAGCUGCAAGGUAAGACGGCAUAUUGCUCUUAUCUACGCUUUCUGUCUUGAUGUUAUCCGGGCUAUUCCAAGAGCUAUUCCUACAGACAUGGCUUUAUAGCCGUCAUAUAUCAUAAGAUCGUUGAUUUGACUAAGCUGUAAUUAGUCCUUUUUAAGAAAUAGGGGGCUACCCUCGUCCGGAAACGCAUAAUUUAAAUAAAAUAUAUCAGUGUGUUGGGGCAUAGGCUACAUAGCCCACAGACUGAUUUGCUGUUUCCGAGAGACAAGCUUCCUCGGUUGACACCGCAGUUGUUAUGUUCUCCGGCUGGUUGGUUACAAGAUUCCCCUGUCUGUCUGUCUGUCUCAGUGUCUGUUGCCUAGUCGAUGAAGCUCUACGUGCCUUCCAGUCUCCUCUUCACUGGUGUUUCCCACCGAUCUGUCCCUCGCUCGGUCUUGGGAAUUCAUUUGAUGGGGCCUUGCAGAAGCGAUAAAUCACACGCCCCCCACAUCCAUCCAUCAGUGCACGCAGCCAUGUAAUCACACACACACACCACAGCAAGCGAAAUACAAUACUGUUAGCAAUAUAAACAAACCAGGGAUGAUGUAUUUGAUAUGCCUGUAAAUCUGGAAGCCAGGCCCUCUAAUUGCCUAUCAAGUCAUCGCUCCUUCAGACCCUUGUUGAUGAUAAUGGCUUGUAGGCUACUGUGCUAUCAUCCUCAGAGCGCCUAUCAGCACUUGUCAGGACUGUGACAUGUCAAUGUAAUCGUAUUGUGCACAGAUGACGGAUGUCCGCGAGCCUCUCGAUACGCGCGGCGGCAGAGACACUGUUGCACAAUCUGAAGUCGAUAGCUUUUCAAUUUGCCGAUUGUAAGGAGAAGACAAUCGACAAAAAUCCUUGGCUAUGCCUAUAAGAUUACAACGCUCUAAAUCAUAUCCUUCCCCCCUAGUUUUCUCUAGGCUACAUAGGCUUUAGAAUCUUUUUAUCUUUUUUUUGUCCUAGCUAUAUAUAUAUAUAUUUUUUUUUUUACAGAUUGGUCCUCAUUGCAUUGCUCUAUGGACCAGGAACUUGCGCCUUUAUGGAAUCCUCGAGGUUGCCAUGAGACAUGAUCACAUAAGCGAUGCGGCUUUGCCUUUGAUUGAUUCAUUUGUUUGAAUAGGCCUUAUACAUUAGGCCUACAUGUUGUUUGUGUUGUGGGGCUACUACUGUGAUAAAAAAAGGUCAUAACCUGAUCCAUUUCUCAUUCCAAAGGCAAGUGAAAAUCACUGUUUACUUGGCAGAUAUUAGACAUGUAAAUAUUGGAAUUUAGCUCGGCAGUGGUGCCGGUCGGUAGGCUAUUUGUGUUUAUUGGUUUGCUAAUUCUCACCAACACGAUCCCAGCAUCAAGUCGAUUCGGUCGUCAUAGAAACGGGAACUGAGGUGUGUGUCUCUCUCUGUGUGAUCCAGGGGGGUAACAGAGGGCGCAGUGCAUGGCUCGUCUACCCCACAGCAAUCUGUGUGUGUGAGGGUUGGAAAUCAACACACAUCAAAAGGGAGCCAGCGGCCAUCGGCUCAAAUGACAAACCAACGCCUUCCAAGCCCCAUCCAUGAAUCUAAUUUACAAAACAGCGCGUGCAUCCAUCACCCCUCCGAACAAUACUUUAAUUAGUGAGCGAGCCAUGGAUUCCCAGAUACAAAACACCCCGAGGCAUUUGAUCCCAACACAUCCAAUUAAAUGGCAGAUAUUGAAUCCUCCUGGCGCGAGCAACUUGAGCUCGUGAGUGAUGAGGCCAGAUAUAUUGGGCUCAAUAUCAGAGAUGGGUGCCGGCGACUAAUCGACCGAAGAAUUGUUCUUUUCACAUGCUGUAACUAGAAACUGUUCUCUGAGAGAAGAGAAAAAGAGAAGCUAUCCUUUGACAUUAUAGACCCACUCUGAUUACUGAAAGGAAAUAUCCAGUAGAGACUGAGGUUUUUGUAAGCAACUGAUACUAAAUGGCACUUGUCAUUUAUUAUUGGCAGUUGCAUGGUUGAUUAUCUAGUCAUGUUGCACUCAUCCCCACAAGCCUACCCAUUGAAAACGGCGAUCACACAGUGCACUGUGACUAGGAGCUGUCCAAGUGCUGAAACACCUGUAGGGCAUUUCCGUGCUUCUGCUUUGCAACCUUGGUCAAUCCUUCAGAGAUUAACAAAUAGAAUCAACUACAAUCUUUAUCAUUUUUGUAUUCGAACGAGUGGUGGAAACUAUUACCUAAGUGGUACCACCAUUGUGCCAAGUUAUGACGUAAGCGUCAGUCUAUUUCUCUGAAGUGUUGUUCAAUUAGGUUUUGCGCAGUGCCAAUUCCAGCCUGAGGGAGCUGGCUGAAGGGAUGGUGGCAUUUGAGCUCGCUAGAGCACGACGUGCCCAUAGUCCUUUUCCAUGUAGGCCUAUUGGUUAGUGCCUUGGCACUCAUAAUGGAGGGCGGUUAAAGUGCAUGCAGCCAGGUGGAGAGGUGUUUAGGUGGAAAAUAAAAAGGUGUAUUUUGUCAUAAAGAGAAGUGCAUAUUAUAUUCUCUGCUUUAUUUGAUUAGCAGGGACGGUCACUGGGCCCCCUCUAAUCUACACUGACCUAUUUAUAGCUUAGAUUGUUGAAAAAAAUACAAACGACAAGAGCCUUGCCUGCAUGACGUGGCAUGACUGCAAAGUGGAUGUGCACGAGGACAGCCCCCCUCACAUAGCUCUCCGUGGUAUUUCACUUCAAGUGGACCCUGUCGUUUUUAUUACUAUUCUAAAUAGGUUUUAACUGGGGUUAAUAGUCGGCCUUAUCUAAGGGACACUACAUUGAGAUACCACGCAGGGCCCGCUGAGGAUUCUAAACGCUCCGGCUGAGUUAGCCCCCGCAGUGGCUGCUGAGUCCCUCUCGAGGCAUGGUGAUUUGCAGUUUACCUAUAAGUUCUCUCCUUUCGACGGUGGCAGUCGACGGUCCUACAGUGCGCGUGGACUGGAGCGAAGCAAACUCUGUGUCUGACCUGGCGCUCUUGGGGAACAUGCGGACCUGCUUGGCUCGCAGACUCAUUCUCCACGCACCCCUAGAGACUCUGGACCACUGCGAGGUGCUGAUUCCCACAGUUUUACCAUUUUUUUGGCUCGGUCCGCACAUAGUUACUUGACACCGCGUCCCCUGGCCCUGGCCCUGGCCCUGGCGCUCAGCUACAGCUAUCAUACACUGUGUAUUCAUGCGAGACCCUCUAUCACAGGAGAUGUUUUCACUGGAGGAAUGCUUAUUGAAUAGGCCUAUACUGUUUACUCGAUACUGCGCUGCAUGAGGUGGAACAUCAUUGUUCAUCUCUGUUAUAAUGGGUGCGUUUACAUCAUAUUCCAUUAUCCUAAAGCAGCAGUUCUGAACCGAACAUUUGUAUCACCAAUAUGUUUGUGUUUUAACUGCAGUAGCCUAUUUGGAAUAGGCCUACAAUUACAUAAACCCUCGUGUUGCUCGUUUAUAGUUUGUCUAAUACAAUGGGAUCGCCGAUAAUAGAAGUCAGUAGUAAUUCGCGAUGUGAAGCAUACAAAUAUUUUCUCAACCUUUUCUGGUUUAAUAAUUAUCUAAUUAACUAAGCCGUCAACGAGCGAUUCCGCUUUGGGUUCCUUCAUUUUGGUUUUCAUUAAAUGUUCACCAGUUAGUUUUCUAAUUAUUAUAUGAAGUCAUUCAAAGUAAUUAGCAAUUAAUUUUUAAUGCAGCUUUCAAAUGGGAAUCUCAAUGGCUCUGAAUGUAAUGCCUUUUUGCCUUGGCCUAAAUGCAAUUAAACAGCUCUACUAAGGAGAGUUGGACGGUUGGGUCGGCAGCGGCUCGGCGGCCAAUGCUGCAGUCUCAUUUACUGUGUAGGCUUCAGCGCUUCUGACUGACUGCCUGGCUUUGUACCCGGAGGUUGGCCGCAGUGCCACGUUGACAUUGGGUUGGUUUGAUUGUUCCUUUCGGAGUAGCUCUCUGUGACGAUGUAUACAUAUUAUUUACUGACCGGCACAAUUUUCUAAUGAUUAGGCUAUAUCUAAACAAUUUCAGGUAUAGGCCUAUCCAGAGGUGGAAACGAUUAUGCAAUGAACCGGCUCACAGAUUCUAUAUUCCAUUUAGUCCAUAUUAUCUCUCUAUAUUGACAGUCUUCUGCAGGCUAUGGAGAAGUAAAUAGAAGUUAGCAGGUUGCUGGAAUAAUUCACUCAAAGCUAAUGAUGAAUCCGUCUCAUCUCAUUUUAUCGAUCAGUGCGCACCAUCUGGAUCUCGCAAUGAGCCAGCGCGUGGCUGCAGGAAAGAGGAGAUGAUUAGCACCGCCAAAAUAUUCCAUUCUUGUCUCUCUCCUCUCUUCUCUCUACACGGCUCUAUUGAAUAUCUCGGAGAUGGAAUAGAAGGGCUAGGGCCAUUAUGCUUGUUUUUCCCUUGGUGACCCUUCAAGCACCGUAUCAGACCCUUGCGUGCGUGCCCAUUGCCAGACAGAAGUUCCGCGAGUGCACGCGUGUCGGCUCGACUUCUCUUCACGUUCAACAAGCAUAGACGACGCAUCUGUUUGUAGACCAGACAGUGUCGCCUCUGAAACCUAUAGAAAGCAUUUGAGUCUUUGGGCUUCCAGAGGAAUAUUUGAACGUAUAGCUGAGACGAGGAGUAAAAGACGAGGGGUUGCAGCAGAAAAUAAGCGGUGUUGUGGCCAUCCGUGGUGCAUGUGACGUAAUCUACGAAUCACGGAUCCAAGUAUCCUGAGAUAAAUUGUUCCUUGGUGAUCGGUUGCUAUAGCAAUACUCCUUUAGUGGAAACUUGAGCAACGGAGAACCGUUUUCGAAGCACACAGGCAUAGGGUCGCGAGGAGGCGAGGACAGCACACAUAAACAGCGGCGUGGCAUGUUAGAGAAGAAGGACUCGAUGUCCUAUUUUCCAUGGAAAAGCUGCUCUUCUGCGAGAAAACAAGGGGCGUUGUCACGGAUGAAGGAACACUUUAUUUCACUGAUGUAAAUGAUUUUGUAAUAAUAAUAAUAAUAAUAAUAAUAAUAUGCCAUUUAGCAGACGCUUUUAUCCAAAGCGACUUACAGUCAUGCGUGCAUACAUUUUUGUGUAUGGGUGGUCCCGGGGAUCGAACCCACUACCUUGGCGUUACAAGCGCCGUGCUCUACCAGCUGAGCUACAGAGGACCACAGCAAAGGUAGUGGGUUCGAUCCCCGGGACCACCCAUACACAAAAAUGUAUGCACGCAUGACUGUAAGUCGCUUUGGAUAAAAGCGUCUGCUAAAUGGCAUAUUAUUAUUAUUAUUAUUAUUAUUAUUAUUACAAAUUCAUUUACAUCAGUGAAAUGUGAUACAAGUGUUCCUUCAUCCGUGACAACGCCCCUUGUUUUCUCGCAGAAGAGCAGCUUUUCCAUGGAAAAUAGGACAUCGAGUCCUUCUUCUCUAACAUGCCACGCCGCUGUUUAUGUGUGCUGUCCUCGCCUGUGUGCUUCGAAAACGGUUCUCCGUUGCUCAAGUUUCCACUAGCAAAGUGUGAAUGUGGGUGUCUUUGUGCGUGUAGCCAGUGUGCGCGCGUGCGUUUGUUUUUGUGAUAUCAUGUUACAGCAUAGUCUACUUGCAGAAAUGCCUCAUAUUCAGUUUAUUCAAUUCAAAGGAACUGGAGUAGAGCUGUCCUGUGCUGAAAAGCCUGUAGUAGGGCAUUGCUGUGUCUCCCUGUAGUGAUAUGCACGUCACUCUGGCACCUGUUUUGCAAACUAUUGGGCCAUCCUAGUUUAUUUUGGCAAAUAUAACUUUAAUAUUUUCUAUAUUUAAUUAAUCUUAAAAUAAGGGAAGUAGUUGUAAAUACAUUCCUGUUCGAAGGCCAUAUGUUUGUGGGUUCUCUUAUGAAACCUGUGGCACUGCGUCUGCAGUUUUGGAGGCGACCGUGAGAAACCGGUUAGUUCAAUACACCAAGCAGAUACGCGGAAUGCCAAUUACUCAAUUAAUGUAUAGCCUACUGCCCGUGCCGGUGCUGUUGAUGUUUUCCUUUCUUUUUCUGUGUUGAGAAUGCUUCAUAGGUCUGUUGUCACUAUAGAGAGUUUAUGGUAAAGCAAUGGUUCAACAGAAACGACAGCGAAUGCCACAAGCGAGUCUGGGAUUUUAAACUGAGUAAUGGCAACUUCGGCACCUUGCUGCUCUGUCUGUUCACUAGACCGUGCCAGAUUAGCCCAUUGCUUGUCAGUAACACACCGGGCAUGUCCUCAUUCUUUUACCGAAGGGAUGUGUGUGUCCGUGUAUGUGAAGCACAAGAGUGCCAUCCUCUUCACCCGUCUGUGUGGGGAUGAAUGCCGCCGAUGCCUUCACCAUUCCGAGCUCUCAGCUCGCGUUCAGCAGGGCAGUAGAGGAAAGUGGGUGAAGAGGUAGAAGGAGGGGGUGACGGUGGUGUAAACUGCAGUGGCCCCCGGGGUCAUGUGAAACUCGAGGGCAUGUCAUAUCUCCCAGUUUUUCUUCAGUGAUCUGGGAGCUCCUCUCGCUCUCUCGUUCUCUCUCCUCUGAGGCGCUAGAGGAUUAUCACGCCUCUCAAUAGUGGUUGAUAUAAUCGCCAGCGCGGGAACAUUUUAGCUCGCGGGGCCCCUGCCUCAGGGCUGUUACUAAAUGUUCAGUAUUUAGAGCGCCCCAAAAACGGUGUCAUUGCGUUCUGCUGCUAAUGAUUCUACCGUCAUGAAUUAGCAAUGCGCAAGCUUAGCUUGACAUGGGAUCAGCUAACUGUCGACAUUAUAAACACGUGGACCAAGCUAGGCUAUAAAAAGCGAUGGGGAACAAAUGCGCAUACAAUGUCUGUGGUGUGACUUUACAGUAUGGGCAGACCGUCAGUAGCGGUGCAUGGGUAAAAUCACUUGGGAAGCCAAGCCAGAUAAAAAGCCAUAUCACAACCUAUGUGUUGUGAUAAUUGCAUUGUUUUCUCUAUAACCUGUAAAUUCACAUGCCUUGCGACCAUAAUAUAUAGGUCUAAGGCUGAGACAAGAUGACACAGUGACAGAAUCAAUUCAACCACACCUUUGUUUCAUCACAAAACCGGAGAGCAACCUCUGUCCGGUGAAGUCCACAAAGCAUAUUGCAUGUAACAGUUACAUGACCUACAGCAUGGUCAAGCAAGUUAAUAUUUCCGACAUUUUCGGACUGCUAAACAACUAUUGAUUUUGAACCACUGAGAGUUACCGCAAGUCGCAAAGAAAACAGGAGCUGCCUCCACUAUUCCAACACCAUUUCAACUUCAACAUUUCAACAUCAUCAAAUCACCUAUGUUUAGUCUAUUACAGUGACAAUUAAAAUAUAACAAAAACAAUUUAGUCCAAUCAAUGUAAGCUUAAUAUGAUGUGGUUGACCAUGGUUCUGAUUUGUGUGUGUGUGUCCAUGUUCGUAGAGAAAACAUGUUGACUCACCCUACUUGUUGAGAAACGCCAAUGCCAUCCUCCUCUCUUUCAUGUUGACGAAAUGGUCUAUGACUCUUGUCAUAGAGUACACUUUUAUUUUAAGUUGUCCUAGGCUACCUGGCUAAAAUGCUUGCUCGCUAGCCUAACUUCCUUUCAUGGGCAACGUUAGCUAGUUAACAUUAGUCUUCUACAUCUAGCUACAUAUUGAACUUUCAUCCUCUCAGUCCAGGGGCACAACAAUGUAUACAUGUAUGGUUGGAUCAGAAUCGCCUUUAUAAUCAUCAGCCAGUACAGAGAAUUAAGUAAAACCACAAGUCCAAAUGCUCGCUGGCUUCCAUUGCAUUCAAUGCUACGGGCGGCAACAAUGUCAUACUCUUUAUGACCAGACAACAUCAGACCCUGUAGAUGGCCUACACAUACAGAGACAGGGGCGCUGUUUCGCUCGCUCCGAUGCUUUCUCCGGUGAAAUACAUUCAGCCUCUUGCGAAUUGAAGGAAAAUUAUGAAAACACAGAGUGACGAAAGAUACAUUAUUUUCUAUUUUUUUCUUGGUCAAUUUUUUGGGGAUGCCUGGCUUCCCUUGGCAUCCAUGAAUACACACCACUGCAGACCUUACCAAGGGAGGAGAGUAGAGAGGAAGGACAGACCAGACCAGACCAAGGGAGUAGAGUAGAGAGGAUGGGGGUUGUUCUGUCAUUUCCUCAUAAUAAUCUUGCAAUGGCCCUUCAUAUCUUUCAUGCAGUGUGUGUGUGUCUGUGCGUGUACCUGUGUGUGUAAAAGCAAUGAAAACAGGUAUUUUCUCUGCCUUGAAAACAUGAGUGCUCUUUUAGAUCAGUUUGAAUGGAUUUCUUGGUAGUCAUAGCAUGUACAGUGCAUCUGUAUAAUAACCUACACUGCUUGUCAUCAUUAAUGUAGUGUAUGAGUCAUCCUUCACUAAUGCUUGUUUUUUCCUUCACAGGUAAAUGUUGAAGACACCGCUGAAAUGUUACCAAAAUCGAGAAGAGCACUUACCAUUCAAGAGAUUGCGGCGUUAGCCAGAUCUUCAUUACAUGGUAAAUACGAGCAUUGCGCCCGAAUGCAAACACAUGCACACGCACACAAAACAAAUCCUGCCUGCUAUACUCUUUACACUUUACAUGUAUGUGACCCUUGCCCUCUAAUCUUUGACCUCUAGGCAUCUCCCAGGCGAUGAAGGACCAUGUGACGCGGCCCACAGGCAUGGCCCAGGGCAGGGUGGCCCACCUGAUAGAGUGGAAGGGCUGGUGUAAGCCCACUGACACCCCCACAGCUCUGGAGUCUGACUUCAACAACUACUCUGACCUCACUGAGGGAGAACAGGAGGCACGCUUCGCUGCAGGUCAGUAGGCCUACCUCGUUUAUCAUUAAGAUAAUUUAGUUUUACUUUAACAGGUAAGAUGACUGAGAAUGGUUUUUACAGCAGUGACUUGAGGUAUUACAAUUUUGUGAAAUGUUCCUCUUUCUCUCUGUUUUUUGUCCCAUUCUUUCUAUACCACUCUUUUGUCCUCUGUCCCUGUCUGCCGCCCUCUUUUACUAUUUCACUCUAUUCCUCUCUCUUUUGCCUAUCUCCAUCUGUCUCUCUGUCUAUUCUCUAGGUCCCUCGUUCCCUCUCUCUCCUCAUUCCUCUUUGUCUUUCACCCCCCCUCUCUCUCCAUUCUCCCUCCCUCCCUGCAGUGCAGCCUCUCAAGGUUAAUUUGCACAGUAAGGUUCUGCUCCUGGCUAGUGACGGCGUGACUGAGCGCUUUUCUCUGUGUCCCUCCUCUCCUCUUGUUUUCCUCUCCUCUCCUCUGACCAUCACAAAAUAUGCCCCCUUUACACACAUACUGUACAGGCAUGCAAACACUUCUACCCCCUUCUGAUCCCACCAUCACAUCCAGCUGACCCCAGGGUUAUUUCUCUUGUCCUUCACUUCCUCUUACAUCAUCACUGUGCGCCUGUCCACUUUGUCAGAACCCUGGUCAGUGCUGACAUGACAUGACUCCUCAUCUACGUCACUGUCUCUGUUUGAACUUUAGCUGGGCUUGGGUGACUUUGCAGGUUGUGUGAAAAACCGUGAAUGUAAUGUACAGUUGAAGUCGGAAGUUUACAUACACUUAGGUUGCAGUCAUUAAAACUCGUUUUUCAACCACUCCACACAUUUCUUGUUACAAACUAUAGUUUUGGCAAGUCGGUUAGGACAUCUACUUUGUGCAUGACACAAGUAAUUUUUCCAACAAUUGUUCACAGACAGAUUAUUUCACUUAAUUCACUGUAUCACAAUUCCAGUGGGUCAGAAGUUUACACACACUAAGUUGACUGUGCCUUAAACAGCUUGGAAAAUUCCAGAAAAUGAUGUCAUGGCUUUAGAAGCUUCUGAUAGGCUAAUUGACAUAAUUUGAGUCAAUUGGAGGUGUACCUGUGGAUGUAUUUCAAGGCCUACCUUCAAACUCAGUGCCUCUUUGCUUGACAUCAUGCGAAAAAUCAAAAGAAAUCAGCCAAGACCUCAGUAAAGAAAUUGUAGACCUCCACCAGUCUGGUUCAUCCUUGGGAGCAAUUUCAAAAAUGCCUGAAGGUACCACGUUCAUCUGUACAAACAAUAGUACGCAAGUAUAAACAUCACGCAGCCGUCAUACGCGUUCUGUCUCCUAUAGAUUAACAUACUUUGGUGCGAAAGGUGCAAAUCAAUCCCAGAACAACAGCAAAGGACCUUGUGAAGAUGCUGGAGGAAACAGGUACGGAAGUAUCUAUAUCCACAGUAAAACGAGUCCUAUAUCGACAUAACCUGAAAGGCCGCUCAGCAGGGAAGAAGCCACUGCUCCAAAACCGCCAUACAAAAGCCAGACUACGGUUUGCAACUGCACAUGGGGACAAAGAUCGUACUUUUUGGAGAAAUGUCCUCUGGUCUGAUGAAACAAAAAUAGAACUGUUUGGCCAUAAUGACCAUCGUUAUGUUUGGAGGAAAAAGGGGGACGCUUGCAAGCCGAAGAACACCAUCCCAUCCGUGAAGCAUGGGGGUGGCAGCAUCAUGCUGUGGGGGUGCUUUGCUGCAGGAGAGACUGGUGCACUUCACAAAAUAGAUGGCAUCAUGAGGAAGGAAAAUUAUGUGGAUAUAUUGACACAACAUCUCAAGACAUCAGUCAGGAAGUUAAAGCUUGGUUGCAAAUGGGUCUUCCAAAUGGACAAUGACCCCAAGCAUACUUCCAAAGUUGUGGCAAAAUGGCUUAAGGCCAACAAAGUCAAGGUAUUGGAGUGGCCAUCACAAAGCCCUGACCUCAAUCCUAUAGAAUUUGUGGGCAGAACUGAAAAAGCGUGUUAAACAAUUUAAAGGCAAUGUUACCAAAUACUAAUUGAGUGUAUGUAAACUUUUGACCCACUGGGAAUGUGAUGAAAGAAAUAAAAGCUGAAAUAAAUAAUUCUCUCUACUAUUAUUCUGACAUUUCACAUUCUUAAAAUAAAGUGGAAUUUUUACUUGGAUUAAAUGUCAGGAAUUGUGAAAAACUGAUUUUAAAUGUAUUUGGCUAAGGUGCAUGUAAACUUCCGACUUCAACUGUAGCUGUGUAUUGGUGUAUGUAUGUGAGAGAGUGUAAAUGUAUGAAUGUUUGGUCAAAGUGAUUCGGUUUCAAUUAUGGGAGAGAGUACAAGGGUAAAUGUCUUGGAAGGUUUUUGACUAUGUAUGCACAGUAUAUGGUGUUUGUGUGUUUGCUGGCUCUCAGGAUAGAUUAAGCCAGCUGAAUGGGAGGUACCCUGGGGGUUGUGUCCAGGUGGGGUUGUCCUAUUGAUGGACCAGCCCGUGCCAACACACACAAACAUCUCUGUCUCGGCCUCUCUCUCUAACAUACACACACACACACACACACAUACACUAUCUUGGAUAGUGGUUAUCCCCUGCAGGAGUCUGGCUGUCAGCCUUGACCGAUACUUAGAGGAGCUUAUUUCACCCUUUAGACUGUGUGUGUGUGUGUGUGUGUGUGUGUGUGUGUGAGUGUGUGAGAGAGAGGGAGAGAGAGAGAGAGUGAGAGAGAGUGUGUAUAGAAGGGUGUACUUUUCAGUUUGUGUGAGCGUGUCAAAUGUUACUGUGUGUGUGUGUAUGUAUGUGCAGGUCUGGCAGGGCUGGCAGGGCUACAGGUCCAUGGGGUUACUCUGUAGAUGCCAUCAAAGUGUUCUGGGAGUGUGCUGGACUGGGAGAGGAGCCAAUCUAUGCAGGACCAUAGCAUACACAUGCUCGUGCACACACACACAUGUAUACAGAAUGGAUGUAAACCUUGUUGUGUAUAAGAUGGAGAAAGAGAAUGAGAAACAGAAACUUAAAGAAAGAGAAAGACACUAGCGGUAUGUGUCAGAGGACAGUCCUUCCUGUGUGUGAAGGCUGAGUUUAGGGCUGAGCCACAGUAGAAUAUGAAUGAGAGAAUCGAUCUCUGUGUGAAUCAACACAUGAAUACAGAACACAUGACAGAAGAGAACAGGGGAGAGGGAAAUAGAGAGUGAGAAUUUAAAUUGAAAUGGGAUGAGGAGAGAAAGAGAGAGAUGAGAUGAAAAAGAGGGAGAUUGAAAUGUAAAGGAAAAUAAAAUGAGAUGAAUGAGAAAAGGAGAGGAGCACAAGGCAUGUGGCUAAGGGAGAGAGAGGAGAAAUAAAUGAGAAGACAGGAAUGAGAAAAGAGAGGGAUUGGAUGGAAUACAAAAGAGAGGAGAGGAAUGAGGAAAGGAAGGCCUUUGAAGCAGUGGAGAGAAAGAGGUAAUUUGUGAUUGGCUACCUGGUGACAGUGAUUGGAGGUGAUUGGUCAGCUCGUCUCUGUGGAACACUGGCUCUGUCACAUGCUGAGUCACUUCAGCCACGGAGAAACCCACAGUCACCGUCUCCCCCUGUGUGUGUGUGUGUGUGUGUAAUAAAAUAAUUUGGUGGGUGUUUAUAUUUGUCCUAUUUCAUGAACAAGUGUGUAUUAAUACACGUGUUUUUUGCAUAUCCCAUCUCUCCUUGAGACACCCUCGGAGAGUGGGUUAUGCAAUUAGGGUUAAGUGCCUUAUUCAAGAGCACAUCAGCAGAUUUCUCACCUUGUCGGCGUGAGGAUUCGAACUAGCGACCAUUCAGUCACUGGCCCAACGCUAUAACCGCUAUGCUACCUGCCACCCCGCUGGGCUACCUGUCGUGUGUGACAUACAGAUCUGAGACAGAUCUCUCAUUUCUGAUUGUGUAUUUGUGUUACACAAUCACAUACCUGAGUGUGAAUUAUUUGCAGUGUUUGCAUAUACAGUGCCCGUCAAAAGUUUGGACACCUACUCAUUCCAGGGUUUUUCUUUAUUUUUACUAUUUUCUACAUUGUAGAAUAAUAGUGAAUACAUCAAAACUAUGAAAUAACACAUAUGGAAUCAUAUAGUAACCAAAUAAGUGUUAAAACAAAUCAAAAUAUAUUUUAUAUUUGAGAUUCUUCAAAGUAGCCACCCUUUGCCUUGAUGACAGCUUUGCACACUCUUGGCAUUCUCUCAACCAGCUUCAUGAGGUAGUCACCUGGAAAUCAUUUCAAUGAACAGCUGUGCCUUCUUGAAAGUUAAUUUGUGGAAUUUCUUUCCUUCAUAAUGCGUUUGAGCCAAUCAGUUGUGUUGUGACAAGGUAGGGAUGGUAUACAGAAGAUAGCCCUAUUUGGUAAAAGACCAAGUCCAUAUUAUGACAAGAACAGCUCAAAUAAGCAAAGAGAAACGACAGUCCAUCAUUACUUUAAGACAUGAAGGUCAGUCAAUCCGGAACAUUUCAAGAACUUUUAAAGUUUCUUCAAGUGCAGUCGCAAAAACCAUAAAGUGCUAUGAUGAAACUGCCUCUCAUGAGGACCACCACAUUAAAGGAAGACCCAGAAUUACCUCUGCUGCAGGAAAUAAAUUCAUUAGAAUAACUGCCCAAAUAAAUGCUUCACAGAGUUCAAGUAACACACACAUCUCAACAUCAACUGUUCAGAGGAGACUGCGUGAAUCAGGCCUUCAUGGUUAAAUUGCUGCAAAGAAACCACUACUAAAGGACACCAAUAAGACGAAGAGACUUGUUUGGGCCAAGAAACACGAGCAAUGGACAUUAGACCGGUGGAUAUCUGUCCUUUGGUCUGAUGAGUCCAAAUCUGAGAUUUUUGGUUCCAACCGUUUUGUCUUUGUGAGACGCAGAGUAGGUGAACGGAUGAUCUCUGCAUGUGUGGUUCCCACCGUGAAGCAUGGAGGAGGAGGUGUGAUAGUGUGGGGGUGCUUUGCUGGCGACACGGUCUGUGAUUUAUUUAGAAUUCAAGGCACACUUAACCAGCAUGGCUACCACAGCAUUCUGCAGCGAUACACCAUCCCAUCUGGUUUGCGCUUAGUGGGACUAUCAUUUGUUUUUCAACAGGACAAUGACCCAAAACACACCUCCACGCUGUGUAAGGGCUAUUUGACCAAGAAGGAGAGUGAUGGAGUGCUGCAUCAGAUGACCUGGCCUCCACAAUCCCCCGAUCUCAACCCAAUUGAGAUAGUUUGGGAUGAGUUGGACCUCAGAGUGAAAGAAAAGCAACCAACAAGUGCUCAGCAUAUGUGGGAACUCCUUCAAGACUGUUGGAAAAGCAUUCCUCAUGAAGCUGGUUGAGAUAAUGCCAAGAGUGUGCAAAGCUGUCAUCAAGGCAAAGGGUGGCAACUUUGAAGAUUUGUUUAACACUUUUUUGGUUACUACAUGAUUCCAUACGUGUUAUUUCAUAGUUUUGAUGUCUUCACUAUUAUUCUACAAUGUAGAAAAUAGUAAAAAUAAAGAAAAAUCCUUGAAUGAGUAGAUGUCCAAACCUUUGACUGGUACUGUAUAUCCAGGUAACAUGUCUGUAUGUUGGUAUGACCUACGACCUCUCCGGUUUAGAACCUUGCUGUGAUGUCAGUCUAUCCCUGUACUCUGUCUUCCACAGAAAGGACCUGUCAAUCAAAAAGCAUAUGCCUGCAUCAUCAUGGGCACUCAAUGACAGGGCUCAAUGUCUGACCUGUGUGUGUUUGUGUGUGUAUUGAAUGUUUGUGAAUAUGAUGUCUAACCUGUGUGUGUGUGUGUGUGUGUGUGUGUGUGUGUGUGUGUGUGUGCAGGUGUGGCUGAGCAGUUUGCCAUAGCGGAGGCUAAGCUGAGAGCCUGGUCGUCCGUGGACGGCGAUGACUCUAAUGACGACUCAUAUGAUGAGGACUUCAUUCCCGCCAAUGAGCCCACAACACAAAGCACAGGUACUGUACACACACACUCUAUCAUAAUCAGACCUCCUCCAAAACUUCUAAAGAUACCAACUUAAUUUCUCAACUUCACAAUUUGAGCCAAUGCUACCCUAUUACAACCGGAGUAUCACUGAAGAGUGCAUGGUCCUCCUUUCUCACCUUCAUUUAUUCCUCCCCUGCUUUUUACCCUCCAGGCCCUGCACGUCCUUUCUCCCCACCCCCCCCCCCCACCUCUCUCUGUCUCCUCUCUCUGUGUGGUGACGAAGCUGUCUGGAACUCUUAUUGUCCCAGUGCCCUACUUUCAUCCUCUCACAAAAAAAGUUGUUCCCCGGCGCAAUUUGAGAUCCCUCCUGCAAGUUUAAUUUGAUUCCUUUGCUGCAGACGGGGGGGUUGCUCUAUGAGUUUGUUGGCUGUGUGAGUGGACUAUAAAUGUGUGUGUAUGUUUGGUGUGUGUGCGCAUCUAUUUUGGGGACGACAAUGCUUUUAGGCUGAUUGCUUACUUCACUGCACCAAAUAUGACUGCUUUGUUUUGCUUGAUAAUGUCAUUUAUUUUCAUUUAGUAUGACGUAUUCCGUAACACUACAGUAUAUGGCUGAGAAUUUGCCCCAAAGGCACAGAUCUAGGAUCAGCUUGAAUCCUAUAACCUCCACCCUUUCCAGAUUUAGCCUGAUAAGUUAGUUUCAUUAUUUAAUGUGUCUGCUCUCAUUCCAUAACAGUAAAUUGCUCUCUCAUCAGUAGGGCUCAUAGUUUUUCAUGACUACGUGACCUGACCUCGUCAGGCAUGGUCAGACAUUAGGCAGGGUCAUUCAGCAUACUCACUGUCUCUCUUCUCCCCCCUCUCUGGCUCCAGAGGUGCCCACCUACCUGAGGGACCUUCUUCACAGUCAGGUGUGUCAGCACCUGGGUCUGCGGGGGCCGGGCUGCGAGGGGGCAGGAGGAGAGGGGGGAGACAGGCCCUCCCCCACCUCCACAGACACUCUCUGCUCCAGCCUCUACAGCCUGGAUGAGCAACACCCCUUACUGCGAGAUCUCACCCAUCACUGCGGCAACAACCACGCUAACACCGCCGAGCUGGCCGCCAAGAUCCUCUCGGCCCUGCAAGGGGGGGAGGAGCUGCUGUUGGCCCGCCUCCAGAGGGUGGGACAGGGGGUUAGAGGGGGAGGGGACUUCAACAGCCUGGGGGGUGGGAGGGGCCGGCCGGGGGGGGAGGAGUCGCCUUGCUACUCUGUGACCUACUCCGAGACCUACCUGUUGCCAGGGGAGGACGAAGAUACGCCCUGCAAAGACUAUGAGGGCAUCGUGUGCCAGGGAGAAGGAGAGCGCGAGGUGUUCCCACCUGACUAUGCCACCCACAGGAAGGUCUCAGAU